AUGAUUUGCAAAGGCAAGCAAAUACCAGGAUUUAUCCUGACCCUGUUGGUUCUCCUUACUCUGGCUUAUGGCCAAAGUUCGAUGAACGGAGAUCACGCCUUGUCGGUGGCCUCGAUGCCUCCACUCCUUGAACUGGAGAAAACGCUGAUCGACAACCUUGAGGACUAUGCUAAUGCACUGCAGCAGAAGCUGGAGACCCUACGUAGUCACAUUCCAGUUAUUCGGGCAGAGAACGAGAAGGGUCGAAAGGACGCUUUAUUUUAUCUGUCCAAUCCCCUGAAUAGUUUCUCACUCAUCCGAAGACUGCAUCAGGAUUGGCCAAAGUGGCGCCAGUACAUGGAGCAGCCAGUUGGCCCUGCGCAAAUACGAAACUUGAACAGCUGGCUGAAAGAUGUUCCCAAGAACUCGGACUUGAAUGAUGCCUGUGCUGGCAUUGCCCGCAUACAGAACAUCUAUAGCCUGCAAGUUGAAGAUCUUGUCAGGGGAAAAAUCGAUGGCAAAGAAUACAAUAUCAGCAUGAGCUCUGCAGACAUUUUUGCGGUGGGUCAUUACCUUGAGAAUGGGACUGCUGGAGCUCAGGCUGUUCCAUGGCUGCAGGUGGUCCUGGAUCGGUUUCAAGAGGAUCCGCUGGUACCGGCACCCUUGGCAGUAGAGAAGAUCGAUGUUCUGAAACUACUUGCCAAAUGCCAUUUAAGCAAAAAACUAUAUGCGAAGGCCCUGACUUUGCUGGAAGAGGGCCUCAAGCUCCAAGCCUACAAUGCUGACGUUCUGCGACUCUGGCAGAAAGCACAGAACUCGACCGAAGUCCUGGCAAACUGCACACUUGAAGAAAAUAAGAAGCCUGAAUGCGCUAUGAUGAAACGCUUUAGAUUAGGUUGCAAAGGCUUGCUAAAAGGGUCCACAAGGCUCCGCUGUUCGUACAACUUCACCACUACCCCGUUUCUUCGCCUGGCACCACUUAAGGUGGAAAAAGUGGGACUGCACCCAAGUGUGGAACUCUACCACGACGUGCUCAGCCCACGUGAAACGGCGCAGCUGAUAGAACUUGCUUCUGUUCGCCUAAGACCUAGUAGUGUGAUCGGUGUCAAAGCCUAUAAGCGCAUACGGACUGCGAAGGCCCGUUGGAUAAAUAGAGAUCUGAACGAGUUGACCAGGCGAAUUUUACGACGUAUACGUGAUAUGACGGGCCUUGACCUGACCGUAUCGGAGAAGUUUCAGGUAAUUAACUACGGAUUGGGAGGCCACUACUUCAUGCACAAGGAUUACUUUAACCGUACACGCGCACGAGAAAGGAUGUUUGGAGACCGUGUUGCCACAGUUUUGUUUUAUCUGACUGACGUUGAUCAGGGCGGAGCCACAGUCUUCCCAGAAUCAGGAUACACCAUCUAUCCCCGAGCUGGGACAGCUCUCCUCUGGUACAACCUUCAUACGAAUGGCAGCUGUGAUCCUUCAACUAUGCAUGCCGCCUGCCCAGUGAUUGUGGGCUCUAAAUGGGUGAUGACCGAGUGGAUAAGCGAACGGCGGCAGAUCUUCAUCAGACCCUGCCGGCCCCUUAGCCGGGUUACCUCUGCGAAAUCAUAG